CAGCAUGCAGGAACCUCGCAACCUAUCAGUAUCCGGGCCCAGCCGCUCCUCGGCCUCCAUGCUGGAAAAGUCCUCCGCAGCAGGUCAACCUUCUGGUUUAGGUGCAUGGUCCUCGAGGAACAUCCAAUCCCAAACAAAGCCCAAAACUCCAAAUUCUAAAACACGCUGGAUGCGCAGGAUCAUCGCUGAAGAUGAGGAAUGGUCGCUGGCCAUAGUGCCCCUCCUCACAGAGCUCUGCAUUCAACACAUCGUCAAGAACUUCCAGAACAAUCCUAUCCUGAAGCAGCUGCUCCCCAAGCACCAGCAGAAGGUCCUGAACCUCCUGUCACCCGACCUGCCGCUAACCGUGACUGCCAAUCUGAUCCAAGACGAGAAUUACUGGCGCCGCUGCUGCUCCAAACGCUGGGAGGUGUGUCACGUGGCCAUGUACGGCAACAGCUGGAAGCGCAUGUUCUUCGAGCGGCACCUGGAGAACCUGCUGGAGCACUUCAUCCCAAACAUCACGGACCCCGCAGUGAUCCUGGACCUGCUGCCUCUGUGCAGGAAUUACGUGCGCAGACUCUGUGUGCAGCAGUUCCUCCCUCCCGUUCAGCUACCGCCUCCACCCCGCAGUGGGGACCAGUCUGACUCUGGCAGCGAGGGGGACAUGGAAGAGCUCGUCACCGACCACUACCAACUGGGUAAUCUGGUGGCUGGCCUGAGCCAUCUGGAGGAGCUGGACCUAGUGUAUGGAGUUAAGGACUGUGGCAUGAACUUUGAGUGGAACCUCUUCCUCUUCACAUACCGUGAUUGCCACUCACUGGCAGCCACCAUCAAGGCGUGCCACACCCUCAAGAUCUUCAAGUUAACCCGAAGCAAGGUGGACGACGACAAGUCACGCAUCCUAAUUCGAAGUCUCCUGGACCACCCAGCCAUUGAGGAGCUGGACCUGUCACACAACCUCAUCGGGGACCGUGGAGCACGUGCGGCCGCCAAGCUGCUGAGCCACAGCCGCCUGCGUGUGCUCAACCUGGCCAACAACCAGGUGCGCGCAUCUGGCGCACAGUCACUGGCUCACGCCCUGGCGCACAACACCAACCUCAUUUCCCUCAACCUGCGCCUCAACUGCAUCGAGGAUGAGGGUGGCCAGGCACUCGCCCAUGCCCUGCAGACCAACAAGUGCCUCACCACACUGCAUCUCGGGGGCAAUGAGCUAUCUGAGCCCACCGCCUCCACCUUCUCCCAGGUGCUUUCCGUCAACACCACACUCACCAGCAUCAACCUAUCUUGCAAUCACAUUGGGCUGGAUGGCGGAAAGCAGCUCUUGGACGGCAUGUCAGACAACAGGACCCUCCUGCAGUUUGACCUGCGCCUAUCAGACGUAGCCCAGGAGAGCGAGUACCUUAUCAGCCAGGCCCUCAACGUCAACCGUGAGGCAGCACGUCAGCGGGCCUUGAAUCCCAGCCACUUCAUGACCAAGGAUCCUGAGAACCCUGAGGGGUAGGAGGAGGACAGGGUGGGGCAAUGAGUAGACCUGGGCUAUGCCUCUGCCAUGUCUGCCUCAGAAUGUCACACUGCUGAGGGGGCCAUGGUGGGAAGGAGCAGUGGGUAGGACACCAUUUGAAUAUGACUGGGGUGAGGGAUCAAGGAUUGUGUGGAUACAGACAGAGGGGAGGGCCUGGGAAAGGGGAAGAAGAAGUAUGCUGCUGUACCCUGGCCCCACACCCCCGGAGGGGUAUGACUGAAGUCUGAAAUGCCCAACUUCUUCCAGAAAUGGAAGGCAGACAGAACCUUGAGACUGUAUCUGCCCUGACUCCCCCAGGGGCAGCCCAUCCUCCCGCCUACUUAACAGUCCCUGGACCUCUUGGCCUUCAAAAUCUUCCACUCUUCAAUCUUUCCUUCCUCCCUCUCUCUUUCCUCUGGCUACAGCAAAGCUUCGCCUAGUUCUUCCUCCCUCAGCCCUGCAGAUAGCACCUCCCUCUUGU